UCAUGCCAUGCUGGGCCCGAUAGGCUCAGCCAGUCGUGUAUUUACCCAUAUCCGGGUUAGAGAGGAAAAGAGAAAAGUUUCAUUUAAACCUGAGCUAAAAACUUUCACCAUGAAAGCACACAGCGGGAACAGGCCCAGACCGUAAGGCGUGCCCCCGGCCCGGCUCUCCGGCGGGGCCUGCGGAGGGGGAGGGGGUCGGAGGCUUCCCGGCGGGCCGCGUGGAUGCGCACAGGAGGGGCCGCGGACUAAAAAGUGGGGGUUAUUGUCUCCCCCCGCCCCCCGCCCGGCCUCGCCACGCCGCGGCGAUCAUGGCCGCACGGGCAGCAGCGGCGGCGGCGGCGGCGCGGGCGCGGGCAGGCAGCGGCGAGCGGCGGGCGCCCCCAGGGCCGCGGCCGGCGCCCGGGGCCCGGGACCUGGAGGCGGGGGCGCGCGUGGCGGCGGCGGCACCGGGACCCAUGCUGGGGGGCGGCGGCGACGGCGGCCUGAAUAGUGUGCACCACCACCCCCUGCACCCCCGUCACGAACUGAACAUGGCCCAUAACGCGAGCGCCGCGGCCGCCGCCGCCAGCACUAACAGCGCCAAGAGCGGCGGCUCCGAGGCGGCUCUCAAGGAGGGUGGAAGCGCUGCCGCGCUGUCCUCCUCCUCCUCCUCCUCCUCCGCGGCGGCGUCCUCUUCUUCCUCCUCGUCGGGCCCGGGCUCGGCCAUGGAGACGGGGCUGCUCCCCAACCACAAACUGAAAACCGUUGGCGAAGCCCCCGCCGCACCGCCCCACCAGCAGCACCACCACCACCACCAUGCCCACCACCACCACCACCACCAUGCCCACCACCUCCACCACCACCACGCACUACAGCAGCAGCUAAACCAGUUCCAGCAGCAGCAGCAGCAACAGCAGCAGCAGCAGCAACAUCCCAUUUCCAACAACAACAGCCUGGGCGGCGCGGGCGGCGGCGCGCCUCAGCCGGGCCCCGACAUGGAGCAGCCGCAACAUGGAGGCGCCAAGGACAGUGCCUCGGGCAGCCAGGCCGACCCCCCGGGCCAGCCGCUGCUGAGCAAGCCGGGCGACGAGGACGACGCGCCGCCCAAGAUGGGGGAGCCGGCGGGCGGCCGCUACGAGCACCCGGGCCUAGGCGCCCUGGGCACGCAGCAGCCGCCGGUCGCCGUGCCCGGGGGCGGCGGCGGCCCGGCGGCCGUCUCGGAGUUUAAUAAUUACUAUGGCAGCGCUGCCCCUGCUAGCGGCGGCCCCGGCGGCCGCGCUGGGCCUUGCUUUGAUCAACAUGGCGGACAACAAAGCCCCGGGAUGGGGAUGAUGCACUCCGCCUCAGCCGCCGCCGGGGCCCCCAGCAGCAUGGACCCCCUGCAGAACUCCCACGAAGGGUACCCCAACAGCCAGUACAACCAUUAUCCGGGAUACAGCCGGCCCGGCGCGGGCGGCGGCGGCGGAGGAGGAGGAGGCAGCGGAGGAGGAGGAGGAGGAGGAGGAGGAGCAGGAGCAGGAGCAGGAGGAGCAGGAGCGGGAGCUGUGGCGGCGGCGGCCGCGGCGGCGGCGGCGGCAGCAGCAGCAGGAGGCGGCGGCGGCGGCGGCUAUGGGGGCUCGUCCUCGGGGUACGGGGUGCUGAGCUCCCCCCGGCAGCAGGGCGGCGGCAUGAUGAUGGGCCCCGGGGGCGGCGGGGCCGCGAGCCUCAGCAAGGCGGCCGCCGGCGCGGCGGCGGGGGGCUUCCAGCGCUUCGCCGGGCAGAACCAGCACCCGUCGGGGGCCACCCCGACCCUCAACCAGCUGCUCACCUCGCCCAGCCCCAUGAUGCGGAGCUACGGCGGCAGCUACCCCGACUACAGCAGCCCCAGCGCGCCGCCGCCGCCGCCGUCGCAGCCCCAGUCCCAGGCGGCGGCGGCGGGGGCGGCGGCGGGCGGCCAGCAGGCGGCCGCGGGCAUGGGCUUGGGCAAGGACAUGGGCGCCCAGUACGCCGCUGCCAGCCCGGCCUGGGCGGCCGCGCAACAAAGGAGUCACCCGGCGAUGAGCCCCGGCACCCCCGGACCGACCAUGGGCAGAUCCCAGGGCAGCCCAAUGGAUCCAAUGGUGAUGAAGAGACCUCAGUUGUAUGGGAUGGGCAGUAACCCUCACUCUCAGCCUCAGCAGAGCAGUCCCUACCCAGGAGGUUCCUAUGGCCCCCCCGGCCCACAGCGGUACCCUCUCGGCAUCCAGGGUCGGACUCCAGGGGCCAUGGGAGGAAUGCAGUACCCACAGCAGCAGAUGCCACCUCAGUAUGGACAGCAAGGUGUGAGUGGUUACUGCCAGCAGGGCCAACAGCCAUAUUACAGCCAGCAGCCACAGCCCCCGCACCUCCCGCCCCAGGCGCAGUACCUGCCGUCCCAGUCCCAGCAGAGGUACCAGCCACAGCAGGACAUGUCUCAGGAAGGCUAUGGAACUAGGUCUCAACCUCCUCUGGCCCCCGGAAAACCAAACCAUGAAGACUUGAACUUAAUACAACAAGAAAGACCAUCUAGUUUACCAGAUCUGUCAGGUUCCAUCGAUGACCUCCCCACUGGAACGGAGGCAACUUUGAGCUCAGCAGUCAGUGCAUCCGGGUCCACGAGCAGCCAGGGGGACCAGAGCAACCCAGCACAGUCACCUUUCUCUCCACACGCGUCCCCCCAUCUCUCCAGCAUCCCAGGGGGCCCGUCGCCUUCUCCUGUUGGCUCUCCUGUAGGAAGCAACCAGUCGCGAUCUGGCCCGAUUUCUCCUGCAAGUAUUCCAGGCAGUCAGAUGCCACCUCAGCCACCUGGGAGCCAGUCAGAGUCCAGCUCCCAUCCUGCCUUGAGCCAGUCACCAAUGCCACAGGAGAGAGGGUUUAUGGCAGGCACACAAAGAAACCCGCAGAUGUCUCAGUAUGGACCUCAACAGACAGGACCCUCCAUGUCGCCUCAUCCUUCUCCUGGGGGCCAGAUGCAUCCUGGAAUCAGUAGCUUUCAGCAGAGUAACUCAAGUGGGACUUACGGUCCACAGAUGAGCCAGUAUGGACCACAAGGUAACUACUCCAGACCCCCAGCGUAUAGUGGGGUGCCCAGUGCAAGCUACAGCGGCCCAGGGCCCGGUGUGGGUAUCAGUGCCAACAACCAGAUGCAUGGACAAGGGCCAAGCCAGCCAUGUGGUGCUGUGCCCCUGGGACGAAUGCCACCAGCUGGGAUGCAGAGCAGACCAUUUCCUGGAAAUAUGAGCAGCAUGACCCCCAGUUCUCCUGGCAUGUCUCAGCAGGGAGGGCCAGGAAUGGGGCCGCCAAUGCCAACUGUGAACCGUAAGGCACAGGAGGCAGCUGCAGCAGUGAUGCAGGCUGCUGCAAACUCAGCACAAAGCAGGCAAGGCAGUUUCCCUGGCAUGACCCAGAGUGGACUUAUGGCUUCCAGCUCUCCCUACAGCCAGCCCAUGAACAACAGCUCUGGCCUGAUGAACACGCAGGCGCCGCCGUACAGCAUGACGCCCACCAUGGUGAACAGCUCGGCAGCAUCUAUGGGUCUUGCAGAUAUGAUGUCUCCUGGUGAAUCCAAACUGCCCCUGCCUCUCAAAGCCGAUGGCAAAGAGGAAGGCACUCCGCAGCCUGAGAGCAAGUCAAAGGAUAGCUACAGCUCUCAGGGUAUUUCUCAGCCCCCAACCCCAGGCAACCUGCCAGUCCCUUCCCCAAUGUCCCCCAGCUCUGCUAGCAUCUCCUCAUUUCAUGGAGAUGAGAGUGAUAGCAUUAGCAGCCCAGGCUGGCCAAAGACUCCAUCAAGCCCUAAGUCCAGCUCAUCCACCACCACUGGGGAGAAGAUCACAAAGGUGUAUGAGCUGGGGAAUGAGCCAGAGAGAAAACUCUGGGUCGACCGAUACCUUACCUUCAUGGAGGAGAGAGGCUCCCCUGUCUCGAGCCUGCCUGCAGUGGGCAAGAAGCCCUUGGACCUGUUCCGACUCUAUGUCUGCGUCAAAGAGAUUGGAGGUUUGGCACAGGUUAAUAAAAACAAGAAGUGGCGUGAGCUGGCAACCAACCUAAAUGUUGGCACUUCAAGUAGUGCAGCAAGCUCCCUGAAAAAGCAGUAUAUUCAGUACCUGUUUGCCUUUGAGUGCAAGAUCGAGCGAGGGGAGGAGCCCCCGCCAGAAGUCUUCAGCACCGGCGACACGAAGAAGCAGCCCAAGCUCCAGCCGCCAUCUCCUGCUAACUCAGGAUCCUUGCAAGGCCCACAGACCCCCCAGUCAACUGGCAGCAAUUCCAUGGCAGAGGUUCCAGGUGAUCUGAAGCCACCUACCCCGGCCUCCACCCCUCAUGGACAGAUGACCCCAAUGCAAGGUGGAAGAAGCAGUACAAUCAGUGUGCACGACCCAUUCUCAGACGUCAGUGAUUCGUCCUUCCCAAAACGGAACUCCAUGACUCCAAAUGCCCCAUACCAGCAGGGCAUGGGCAUGCCGGAUGUGAUGGGCAGGAUGCCCUAUGAACCCAACAAGGACCCCUUUGGGGGCAUGAGAAAAGUGCCUGGAAGUAGCGAGCCGUUUAUGACGCAAGGACAGAUGCCCAACAGCAGUAUGCAGGACAUGUAUAACCAGAGUCCCUCCGGAGCAAUGUCCAACCUGGGCAUGGGGCAGCGGCAGCAGUUUCCCUACGGAGCCAGUUACGAUCGAAGGCAUGAACCUUAUGGACAGCAGUAUCCAGGCCAAGGUCCUCCCUCGGGACAGCCGCCAUAUGGAGGGCACCAGCCGGGCCUGUACCCACAGCAGCCGAAUUACAAACGCCAUAUGGACGGCAUGUAUGGGCCUCCAGCCAAGCGCCAUGAGGGAGACAUGUACGGCAUGCAGUACGGCAACCAGCAGCAGGAGAUGUACAACCAGUACGGAAGCUCCUACUCGGGGCCCGACCGGAGGCCUGUCCAGGCACAGUACCCCUACCCCUACAGCAGAGAGCGGGCGCAGGCCCCGGGGCAGGUGCAGGCGCACGGGGUCCCGCCGCAGGUGAUGGGUGGCCCGAUGCAGUCGUCCUCUGGUGAAGGGCCUCAGCAGAACAUGUGGGCGGCCCGCAAUGACAUGCCUUACCCCUACCAGAACAGGCAGGGCCCCGGCGGUCCUGCGCAGGCCCCUCCUUAUCCAGGCAUGAGCCGCACGGACGAUCUGAUGGUACCUGACCAGAGGAUAAAUCACGAGAGCCCGUGGCCUUCUCACGUCAGCCAGCGUCAGCCUUACAUGUCAUCGUCAGCCUCCAUGCAGCCCAUCACGCGCCCGCCGCAGCCGGCCUACCAAACGCCACCGUCACUGCCAAAUCACAUCUCCAGGGCGCCCAGCCCAGCAUCCUUCCAGCGCUCCCUGGAGAACCGCAUGUCUCCAAGCAAGUCUCCCUUCCUGCCCUCUAUGAAGAUGCAGAAGGUCAUGCCCACAGUCCCCACAUCCCAGGUCACUGGGCCACCCCCCCAGCCACCCCCCAUCAGAAGGGAGAUCACCUUUCCUCCCGGCUCAGUGGAAGCAUCCCAGCCAGUCUUGAAACAAAGGCGAAAGAUUACCUCAAAAGAUAUCGUUACUCCUGAGGCGUGGCGUGUGAUGAUGUCCCUGAAAUCAGGUCUUUUGGCUGAGAGUACGUGGGCUUUGGACACUAUUAAUAUUCUUCUGUAUGACGAUAGCACUGUUGCUACUUUCAAUCUCUCCCAGCUGUCUGGAUUUCUUGAACUCUUAGUCGAGUACUUUAGAAAAUGCCUGAUUGACAUUUUUGGAAUUCUCAUGGAAUACGAAGUGGGAGACCCCAGCCAAAAAGCACUUGACCACAACGCAGUGAGGAACGAUGACAACCAGUCUCUGGCAGACGAUUCUGGGAAAGAGGAAGAAGAUGCUGAAUGUAUUGACGAGGAGGAGGAGGAUGACGAGGAGGACGAGGAAGAAGACAGCGAGAAGGCAGAAGCCGAAGAUAAGAGCAGUACUGCUCUGCCCGUGCCGGACGCCACUGCGGACCCACAGGAGAAGCCUAAGCAAGCCAGCAAGUUUGACAAGCUGCCAAUAAAGAUAGUCAAAAAGAACAACCUGUUUGUUGUUGACCGAUCUGACAAGCUGGGCCGCGUGCAGGAGUUCAGCAGUGGACUUCUGCAUUGGCAGCUUGGUGGGGGUGACACCACGGAGCACAUCCAGACUCACUUUGAGAGCAAGAUGGAGAUUCCUCCUCGCAGGCGCCCACCUCCCCCUUUAAGCUCCACAAGCAGAAAGAAAGAGCAGGAAGGCAAAGGGGAUUCUGAAGAGCAGCAGGAGAAAAGCAUCAUAGCGACCAUUGAUGACGUCCUGUCUGCUCGGCCAGGGGCGCUGCCCGAAGACGCAAACCCUGGGCCCCAAACCGAAAGCAGUAAGUUUCCCUUCGGUAUACAACAAGCCAAAAGUCACCGGAACAUCAAGCUGCUGGAGGACGAGCCCAGGAGCCGAGACGAGACUCCUCUGUGCACGAUUGCGCACUGGCAGGACUCGCUGGCUAAACGCUGCAUCUGUGUGUCCAAUAUCGUCCGUAGCUUGUCCUUUGUGCCUGGCAAUGAUGCCGAAAUGUCCAAACAUCCAGGCUUGGUGCUGAUCCUGGGGAAGCUGAUUCUUCUUCACCACGAGCAUCCAGAGAGAAAACGAGCACCGCAGACCUAUGAGAAAGAGGAGGACGGGGACAAGGGGGUGGCCUGCAGCAAGGACGAGUGGUGGUGGGACUGCCUCGAGGUCUUGAGGGAUAACACGUUGGUCACGUUAGCCAACAUUUCUGGGCAGCUAGACUUGUCUGCUUACACAGAAAGCAUCUGCUUGCCAAUUUUGGAUGGCUUGCUGCACUGGAUGGUGUGCCCAUCUGCAGAGGCACAAGACCCCUUUCCAACUGUGGGACCCAACUCGGUCCUGUCGCCUCAGAGACUUGUGCUGGAGACCCUCUGUAAACUCAGUAUCCAGGACAACAAUGUGGACCUGAUCUUGGCCACUCCUCCAUUUAGUCGUCAGGAGAAAUUCUAUGCUACGUUAGUUAGGUACGUUGGGGAUCGCAAAAACCCAGUCUGUCGAGAAAUGUCCAUGGCGCUUUUAUCGAACCUUGCCCAAGGGGAUGCGCUAGCAGCAAGGGCAAUUGCUGUGCAGAAAGGAAGCAUUGGAAACUUGAUAAGCUUCCUGGAGGAUGGGGUCACGAUGGCCCAGUACCAGCAGAGCCAGCAUAACCUCAUGCACAUGCAGCCCCCGCCUCUGGAACCACCUAGUGUAGACAUGAUGUGCAGGGCGGCCAAGGCUUUGCUGGCCAUGGCCAGAGUGGACGAAAACCGCUCUGAAUUCCUUUUGCACGAGGGCCGGUUGCUGGAUAUCUCGAUAUCAGCUGUCCUGAACUCUCUGGUUGCAUCUGUCAUCUGUGACGUACUGUUUCAGAUUGGGCAGUUAUGACAUAAGUGACAAGGCAAGCAUGUGUGAGUGAAGAUAGAGGGUCACAUAUAACUGGCUGUUUUCUGUUCUUGUUUAUCCAGCGUAGGAAGAAGGAAAAGAAAAUCUUUGCUCCUCUGCCCCAUUCACUAUUUACCAAUUGGGAAUUAAAGAAAUAAUUAAUUUGAACAGUUAUGAAAUUAAUAUUUGCUGUCUGUGUGUAUAAGUACAUCCUUUGGGGUUUUUUUAUUUCUUUUUUUUUUUAACCAAAGUUGCUGUCUAGUGCAUUCAAAGGUCACUUUUUGUUUUUCACAGAUUUUCUUUUUAAUGUUCUUUUCCAUGUUGAUUGCAUUUUUUGGGGAAGCGAAUUGACUUUAAAGAAAAAAGUUGCAACUAAAGAUGCUAAGAUGGGAAAAUCUCACCACACUGAGGCAAAAGGGUGAAAAAUUAUCAAUUUCCUAUGCGUUUGAUUCUUCAGAGAAUGAAAAAAAAAAAAACUGUAUCCCAUCACCCAAAGCUCUGUGCAAUAGAAAUUUCUAGAAAUAUAAGUAGGGGCUCAAGGAGGUGUGUCAGUCAGUAGUCAAAACUAUGAAAUGAUACUGGUUUCUCCACAGGAAAAUGGUUACAUUAGGCUAGGAGCAAAAACAAUGUUUUUUUAAGUUAAGAUUGAAAAUACAUACCUGACAAUGAUCAACGGAAAUAAAUUGCUUCCUCACCACUACCGUCAUGUCUGCUGUCCGGCGUUUGACCUUCCACAUGACAGUUCUUCACAAUUCCUUUAAUCAUUUUUUAAAUAUUUUUUUUACUGCCUAUGGGCUGUGAUGUAUAUAGAAGUUGUACAUUAAACAUACCCUCAUUUUUUUCUUUUCUUUUUUUUUUUAGUACAAAGUUUUUAGUUUCUUUUUCAUGAUGUGGUAACUACGAAGUGAUGGUAGAUUUAAAUAAUUUUUUAUUUUUAUUUUAUAUAUUUUUUCAUUAGGGCCAUAUCUCCAAAAAAAAAAGAAAGAAAAAAUACAAAAAACAAAAACAAACAAAAAAACAAAAAAAAAGAGGGUAAUGUACAAGUUUCUGUAUGUAUAAAGUCAUGCUCUAUUUCGGGAGAGCAGCUGAUCACAGUUUGCUUCAUGAAUCAAGGUGUGGAAAUGGUUGCAUAUGGAUUGAUUUAGAAAAUGGUUCCCAGUACAGACAAAAAAGAGAAAAUGAAAAAAAUACAACAAAAAGGAAGAAACACAACUUCAAAGAUUUUUCAGUGACGAGAAUCCACAUUUGUAUUUCAAGAUAAUGUAGUUUAAAAAAAAAAAAAAGAAAAAAACGAUGUAAAUUCCUCCUUUUCCUCUGGCUUAAUGAAUAUCAUUUAUUCAGUAUAAAAUCUUUAUAUGUUCCACAUGUUAAGAAUAAAUGUACAUUAAAUCUUGUUAA